GCCUAGAUAAAUCAGGAACCACAAACCCUAGCUUCCUCUCACUGAAGGCUGUGGCUUGGAGGAGACGGCAAUGGCUGAGGUGUGAAUGUAAGACCUGAGUCACUUGGCUGGCCUUGCCACAUGCCCCCUCCCCCUUCCCCAAUUCAGAGACUCCUGUUUUUUUUUCUUCCUAACUUGAUCAUCUGCCCUUUAGUUCCAGAUGUGCACCUGAGCCUGAAUCACCUGGACACAGUACAGCCAUUUCCCUGCCUGUCAUGAAGUAAUCCAUGAGUGUGGGGGAGGUGCACAGGGCCUGGGGUGGAGAUACGUCAGGGAGGGACAGGGGAAGAGGAAGUGUCUUGGGUGCUGGGGAGGACUGGCUUGCCAUAGUGGGUGGGGACGGAUGGUCAUUGUGAGCUUUCUGGACACACAGAGACCUACAGGAUGGAUUUUCUCCGGCUUCGCCUCCCUGGGCUCCAUCAGGCCUUGAGGGGGGCACUGGAUUCCUUCAGUGCUUUUGUGUCCUACCUCAUAGGAGAUACAGUCCCCACAGUAGAGAGGGAGACACCGGCAGCUGAGGAACUGGGGGAAGUGGCUGCAGGGAAGGUUAUAGAGGAGGAAGUCCAGGAGGCACUGCAGGGAUUUAGAAGUGACCAGAGCAAAGGGGUAGGAGCACCUAGAGAGAUCAUAAGAUGCCAAGAAGGAAGUUUAGCUGGUGAACAGGUCUGGGGGUGGAGAGCAGAUAGCUCCCCGAGGCCCCAAGCAGAAAGGCAGGACACUGGGUUCAGGAAGGCAGCUGAGGGUGCCAAGGGCCAGGAGCCAAGUGCUCCACUGAAGCCUGAGGCAGGGCCUGGGACUCACAGAGACAGGAGCAGUAAUAAGGCCCAGGAGACCUGGGAGCAUGGUGAGCAGGAGGUGAGCAGUGGGGAGCCAUUGGGAACCUGUGAACAGAAGGAAGGAAAAGAGGAGGUGGUCAGAGCAGCAAAGCCAGAGAUGGCCAGGGGGGUGGAGUCACAGUCAGCCUGGCACAGGGAGCCUGAGGGCAGUGAUGCUGAUACUGACAGGCAGAAUGUAACAGACAGCCAAGAGACAGACUGGGUGGCCUCAGAGGUAGUUAUAGAAACUGAGGGGUUUGGGGCCAAAGGGGCUGAGAAGGAAGAAGAGAGGACGGUCCUGGCAAGGGGUGGCCAAAGUGCAUGGGCGCAGGGGACACAAAACCCAGGGGCAGAAUUUGAGGACUGGGCCAUGCUGGGUAGAGAGGCCUGGACAGCCUCAGGCGCGGAGGAGGCUGAUAGCCUAGGCAUUCAGGACACAGAAUAUGGGCCAGAUCCAGAAGAAAGCAUCCCAGAAGCUACUGGGAGAGUCUGGGUGCUAGGAGAGGCUUGCAAGGGAGACCAGCAGGAUGAGAUCAAUGAGAAGAAAGAGGCUGACGUUAGACUUCAGACCCAGAUCCUGGAGACAGAGAGAACCAAAGAAAUGACUGAAGGUCAGAUAGCAGGGGAGGAGGCAGUGGGAGACCAGGAGACACGGGGCAGCUUUGAGGAUGAGGAAAGGCAAGACUUAGCCACUGGGGAUAAGAGGGUGAGUCUGGAAGAGGAGGGUCAGGCAGAAGAGUCCCCCAGGGAGAAAAGGAGCUGUGGGGCCACAGAGGCUGUGCUAGUCCUUGACAACGAGGCCAAAGGUGAGCCUGACUUGGAAGGAUCAGCAGAAGCUAGACCUGAGGAAUUGUUUAUGGGAGAGAAGAGUGAGACAGCUCAGAUGAGACAAGAGGUAUUGAGAUUAAAGGUCACGGAAGGACAGGACCCUGAGCUGAUGAGAGGUUCCCAGAUCUUGACUAAACAGCUAGAGGAAGGACAGAAGGAUCAGAAAGAGACCAGCAGUGCUCUAGACCUGAGCCCAGAGGGAACGCUAAGCUUGAAGGACUGUCCCAAGAUUGUGGGAUUUGCAGGUCCUGAACUAGAAGCCAGGGGAAACAGGAGAAUUGAUGUGGACAGCACAAAUAUCCAGGAGAUAAAAGCAGAUGCCGAAGAAGCAGCCGAGGAAGAGAUUGCAACAGGGCAGGCAAUGGAGGUCCCGGCUGAAGGAGGCCAGGAAUCCCAACAGCCAGAGGUCCCAGGGUGGAGAGCGGAGGUGGGACUGGUCUCCACAGCACUGAACCAGCAGCUGGAGGGAAGCCAAGGAGCGGAGACAGGAACAGGCCCCUCAAGGGGAGAUUCUGAACCCACAGAAAACAAGGCUGAUGAGGGGGAGGCUGCAGUGCCUUGGGAGGCAAACAGAAUGUGCAGGAAGAGAAGGCUGGAGGAGGUGGCACUAAGCCGGCAGGACAAUGAAGAUACGCAGACCAGUCCUUCGGCUGCUGAGAUUAUCAUGAGUAUCAGGACUGUGAGGGCCGAGGAAGGUCCUGAAUGGGAAACUGGGAUGGCUCCAGAGAGGGAGUUUGGGAGAGCCUUGCAUUCCAAAGGCAGAGAGGAGACUGAGGGAGGCACUGAGUUGGAAGAGGCUACAGAGAAGCAAAGUGGGCAGGAAAUUGGCUCAGAGGGCUCAGCAGAAGAGAAGAUGACUGGUUAUGAUGUCCAAGAAAUUGGUGGGACUGGAGAGGGAGAUCAGGAGGAGAUGAAGACAUCUGUAAAGGCAGAAGGAAUGAGGGGAAUGGAUGGUGUGACUUUAGGCUCUCAGGCAGAGAGAGUUGAGGGAUCUAUAACCAUCACGGAGACCAAGGGGACCCUAGGAGAUCAGAUGCUGUUGGAAGAAGAGGCUGGGAGAGAGCCAUCAAGAGGGAGGAAGGCCCGCAACUCUGAGGGAGAGACACAAAAGCUAUACGGUGUGGAGGCUGCCGUGGGAGAAGCACAGAGGACAGAGGUCCAGAGUGAUCCAGAAGGUCUGGGGGACACCUCAGGCCAGGAGAAGCAGCAGAUACAGCAAAUCCCCACACUAGCUGUGCCUGGCUUCUCUGAAUCGUCUGAGGCCACAGCAAGUGCCCCAGGGGAGGUACACAGCAGCUGGAAUGAGGCCCCGCUCCCUGGGUCCCUCCUGGAUGUCUCUGUCCCUCGAAGUCGUGUGCUUCUCUCACGAAAUUCCUCACAGCGGCGCUCAAGGCCCUCCCUGCGUCGAAUCUCUGCUCCUGAGCCACAGUAUGACCCUCCCAGUCCCCAACCCCAGGAGGCGCUGUUCCCUGAGCAGUCACCUCUUCAGCCGGAGGAAACCUCAGAGCUAAGUACCACAAAGCCUGAAGGGACUCCAAUGCCAGCCAGGAGAAAAGUGCUGGGACAAGGGUUUGGCUUUGCCCAUCCUGGCAUGAUGCAGGAGCUUCAAGCCCGACUGAGCCGGCCAAAACCACAGUGACAGGGCCUACAGCCCUUGCAAGACAGACCUCCUAAGGGAGGGUAAGAAUGCUCUGCUGGACUCUGGUCAUCCUACUGGAACACAUCUUUUUCACUUUCCUGGCCUCAGCUACACCAGAUGUUCAUGAAGACCUUGAAUCCAAGGAGCCUGAUUUCCUAGUGUACAUUGGUGGAACACCUGCCCCACUGACAUCUGUCAUGGGUCCCUGCCCUGGCCACUUUCCCGUCUGACUUGGCUACUCAGGAGACUACAAGGAAGACAGGGAUGGGGAGACUCUUCUCCCCCAAAGCUUCCCUGUAUGAUCACCCUCCCCAAAUACCCAUCCUACUAGAGCCCCACAGAGAGUUGUGUAAGAUAACACAUCUCAGGUGGAAACCAGCCUGAAGGAAAGAAAUUCAAGGGGCUGAAAGAGGACUGCCUGGAGCCAGUGGCCAUGGACAGGAGACCAGUUGCUUUGAUUUUCCAAAAUAAUAGCUCAACAUCACAACUCUGCAGGUUGUUAUGGUAACCUCCAGGCCAGAGUUGGGGAACGUUGCAGGAACUCCAAGAAUACAGGAGUGCAGAGAGGUUCUGGGUAGGCGGAGGCUUCCGACUGUUCCCAAGCUGUCCUGCUUGUUGGGUGUCAGACACUCCUGAGAAGAUGUGGAGGUACAAGGUGGGCCAGAGGGCUUUAUUAGGCACCCAGCAUGGUGGCCUAACUCAAGAAUGAAACAAUAAAUAAACUGUCAUUUCCUAAAAAUAAAUAAAUAUUCAAGAAAUAAAUAUGUGGUGAGGA